CUCUUUUUGUUCAAUUCUGGUUCUGUUGGUCUCGUCUUUCAUGGCGAAAACAGCAGAAAAAACAACGGGCGUAGCAAAGGCAACGACGGAAUUGAAGAGAGAACUACAGAGACUGGUGAAUGCUAUAGUUGAUGACGAUGAUUACAGCGAAGAGACCACUGAUCAGGCCAUGAUGACCUUGUAUUCUCGCAAGAAAUUAAUUUGGAAGCGCUCUCUUUCUCUUUCUUUGAAACUGGACAGUUCUAAUUUUCCUGAUGAAUUUAAGUGCCCUCUUUCCAAAGCUCUCAUGAAAGACCCUGUUAUCUUGGCCACCGGUCAGACGUACGAUCGGCUAUUCAUCGAAAACUGGUUGAAAUAUGGUAAAAGAAUAUGCCCCCAAACCCAGCAAGUUCUGUCCUACACGGUGCUUACCCCUAAUUGCUUAGUACGGGAAAUGAUUUCACAAUGGUGUAAGAAGAAUGACAUUGAGCUGCCUAACCCUGCCGAGGAUCCUGAUGAGGAAUUAAUCACAGAUGCAGAGCGAGGGCAUUUGAAUUCACUGCUCCAGAAAUUGUCCUCUUCUCUUUCUGAUCAGCAAGCGGCUGCAAAAGAGCUAAGGUUGCUGACCAAAGAUACGCCACAUAUCCGGGCUCUUUUUGGACAAACUGCCAAUGCCCUUUUCCGAUUGCUGAAGCCGCUGUCACCUGGGAGGGUUGAUUGCCAUCCUGAUUUACAAGAGGAUUUGAUCACCACAGUCUUGAAUGUCUCAAUACAUGACAGCAAUAAGAAACUGGUUGCAGAUAAUCCAGUGGCCAUCCCUCUACUUAUUGAAUCAUUGAAAUUCGGUAACAUGGACACUAGAAGCAAUGCUGCUGCAGCUCUUCUCACUUUAUCAGACCUUGAUUCAAACAAGCGCGUUAUUGGAAAGUCGGGAGCUCUCAAACCUUUGAUUGACCUUUUGGAAGAAGGGCAUCUAUUAGCCAUGAAGGAUGCUGCUUCUGCAAUUUUCAGCCUAUGCCUCAUCUUUGAGAAUAAUGAAAAGGCUGUGUAUGAAGGGGCAGUCAGGGUCAUUUUUACGAAGAUCAUGGGCGGUAUACUCAUUGAUGAGUUGUUGGCUGUUCUUGCCUUGCUCUCCAGGCAUGAAAGGGCCGUUGAGCAGAUCGGAGAGCUUGAUGCAGUACCUUCCUUGCUUAGUAUUCUAAGGGAAAACACUAAUGAACGCAUCAAGGAGAAUUGUAUUGCAAUCCUUUACAAGAUAUGUUCUAAUGACCGAACCAAAUUGAGGGAAAUCAAGGGAGAGGAAAAUGCCAAUGGAACUAUCUCUAUGCUUGCACAGUCUGGGACUUUGAAGGCCAGAAGGAAGGCAAAUAGCAUCCUUGACAGGCUGACUAGAGCUGCUUCACGCUCCACUUGA